CACACCCGCCCUGAUGGAUUUUAUUUCGAUAAUUUUAUAAUGAAAACUGUGAAACUUUUUGAAGUCAGUGUUAUCAAGUGUUAGAGUGUGUGUGAAAUAAACGUAUUAAAGUGAAAUUACUUUCACGCACCUUCCCCACACGAUAGUCCCCCCAUCCCAAAUUGAUCAUCGCACCGCCAAGGGAGCGAAAUAGAAAGAGAUAUAUAAAUAUAUAUAGAAGGAGAAAAAGAGAACCAGCAGAUCGUUCACAAAAUGUUAUAUCUGACCAUAUUACUUUGUGUGGUCAGCAGUUUGAUAAACACAAAUCUGGUCAAUGGCCAAUUGGCUGGCAAAUUGGUGCAAAAUCCAUGCGUUAAUAAACCAACCUGCCAUGAGUGCAUACAGACCCAGAGCUGUGCCUGGUGCAUGAAACCGGAUUAUGGUGAUCGGCCGCGUUGUUUCCAGCACACAUCGCCCAUAACAUGUCCCGAGGAGUUUGUGUGGAAUCCCGACACAUCGGAGCACAUAUUGAUCAAUCGUAAUCUAACAUUGGCCAGCGGUGGUGAAGCCUGGUCUGGCGGUCAAUCGAUUGCCGGUGGCUCCUAUGAGAGUAGCUAUCGCCAGCAGAGUUCAGCGUCGGGCUCCUAUGCGGCAUCGGGGGGCUCCUCAUCGUCAUCGUCUUCGUAUGGUGGCGGUAGUAGCAGCAGCAGCGGAUCAUCAAGCAGCUCAGCUGGCUUUGCAGCUGCUGGCGGUGAAAUAGUCCAGAUUAAGCCACAGCGUGUUAAACUUCAAUUGCGUAUCAAUCAAGUGCACAAUCUAAAGGUGAGCUAUUCACAGGCUCAGGAUUAUCCUGUCGAUCUUUACUAUUUGAUGGACUUGUCCAAAUCCAUGGAGGAUGAUAAACAAAAGCUAUCCACAUUGGGCAAUACAUUGGCCGAAACGAUGCGUGCCAUUACAUCGAAUUUCCGUUUGGGUUUCGGUUCAUUUGUCGAUAAAGUUCUAAUGCCCUAUGUCUCAACCAUACCUAAAAAUCUGGUGGAGCCUUGUCCUAAAUGCGAUGCUCCCUAUGGCUAUCGUAACAUCAUGGGCUUGAGCAGGGACACAUAUAGAUUCUCUAGUGAGGUAGGCAAUGCUACUGUAUCUGGUAACUUGGAUGCUCCCGAAGGUGGUUUCGAUGCCAUUAUGCAGGCAAUCGCUUGCCGUCAACAGGUUGGAUGGCGCGAACAGGCCCGUCGUCUGUUGGUCUUCUCGACAGAUGCUGGCUUCCAUUAUGCCGGCGAUGGUAAAUUGGGUGGUGUGAUUGCCCCAAACGAUGGCGAAUGCCAUUUGGAUCCACGUGGCCAGUACACGCAUUCGACCAUUCAGGAUUAUCCGAGUAUUUCGCAAAUCAAUCAAAAGGUCAAACAGAAUGCCAUCAAUAUCAUAUUCGCUGUGACUGCCAAUCAACAUUCGGUAUAUAAGAAACUAUCGGGACAUAUUGAGGGUUCAUCGAGUGCCAUUUUAUCGAAUGAUUCAUCCAAUGUGGUGGAUUUGGUACGCGAAGAAUAUGGCAAAAUCUCAUCAUCAGUCGAGAUGAAGGACAAUGCAACAGGUGAUGUGAAAAUCACAUAUUUCUCAUCUUGUCUAAAUGGUGGACCCGAAAUCAAGACCUCCAAAUGUAGUGGCCUGAAAGUGGGCAAUAUGGUUAGCUUCACCGCUCAGAUUCAAGUUCUGAAGUGUCCACCAAAGCGUAAGGACUGGAAUCAAGUUAUUCAGAUCUAUCCCGUUGGCAUCAAUGAGAGUAUGGUUAUCGAUUUGGAAAUGCUUUGCUCCUGUCCCUGUGAAUAUCCUGGCUCGAAAGGUUACCUCCAGAACUCGCCACGUUGCAGCGGCUAUGGCACAGAAAUGUGCGGCAUCUGCAAGUGCGAUGAACCGCAUUUCGGCAACACAUGUGAAUGCUCCGUCUCCGAUAUGGGCUCUGGGGCAAUAAACGAUUCCUCCUGCCGUGCGGACAAUACAACAAAUGUCGAUUGCAGUGGACGUGGCAAUUGUGUGUGCGGUGCCUGCGAUUGCUUCAAACGCACAAAUCCCGAGGAACAGAUCUCUGGCAAAUAUUGUGAAUGUGAGAAUUUCAGCUGUGAGAGGAAUAAGAAUCAAUUGUGCUCGGGCGCCGAUCACGGCACCUGCGAAUGUGGUCGUUGUGUUUGCAAGCCCGGCUGGACUGGUUCCAGUUGCGACUGCCAGGCCUCUAAUGAUACCUGCAUGCCGCCCACUGGUGGUGAAUUGUGUUCGGGUCAUGGUACUUGCGAGUGCGGUGUCUGCAAGUGUAAAUCCACGGACGAGGGUCGCUAUUCGGGACGCUAUUGCGAGAAGUGCCCAACAUGCUCGGGACGUUGUCACGAGCUGAAAGAUUGUGUCCAAUGUCAAAUGUAUUACACCGGCGAGCUAAAGAAUGGCGAUGAUUGUGCCAAAAAUUGCACCACCUUCACCCCGGUGGGUGUGGAAGUUGUGAAAAUCGAUGAGACAAAGGAUGAGCAAUUGUGCGUGUUCUUCGAUGAGGAUGAUUGCAAAUUCACCUUCAAGUACAGCGAACAGGGUGAACUUGUUGUUCAUGCCCAAGAGAAGAAGGAAUGCCCACCAAAAGUCUUCAUGUUGGGCAUCAUUUUGGGUGUUAUAGCCGCCAUUGUUCUGGUGGGUCUUGCCAUAUUGCUGCUCUGGAAACUUUUAACCACCAUUCACGAUCGUCGCGAAUUUGCGCGAUUUGAGAAGGAACGCAUGAAUGCCAAAUGGGAUACGGGUGAGAAUCCCAUUUACAAGCAAGCGACAUCCACUUUCAAGAAUCCCAUAUAUGCGGGCAAAUAAACUGCAAAGGACAACAACAACAGCAACUAAUAAUAACAAAUUCAUUAGUGAAAAUAAUUAUCUAUUGCCAUUUGAUUGGACCUGCCGCCCCGUAAUACCGCCCCCCAAAAAAAACAAAACACCCCGAAUCCCACCCCAUCCCCACCCCCUGCAAAUUAAGAGGUAUCCAACCAACGAAAACGACAGACAACAACAACAACAACAAAAACAAAAGCUGCUUUUGCUAGGUGCGCGCGCGUUGAAGAAUUUUGUUGAAACGAUAAUGGAAGAAG